AUGACGUCCACAGCAACCGAGGCAGCGGCAUCCUUGCGCCAGAACGGCCAAAAUGCCCAGCUUGCUGUGCGCUUGUCUUCCCUUCAACCUCAGUCCGCGCGUUCGGCAUCUGCUGCGUCGCCUGUACCUGACCAAACCCAAAAUCCGGCAGAAGCUACGCCCCGCAGACGGCCAAAGAAACCCCCGAUCCCACGACACCCGAUCCCGACCAUGCAGGAAGCGUUUGCCGAAUCACUUGCCGAAGUCUCAUCCGGCACUCUCUCUAUGAAGCCAAAACUGCGGGUCGACACGCCACAGAUUCGCCGCGAUCGCCUUCUCGAUCAGGACAAGACCGAAGGUCCUCCCGCCGCCUUGUGGCGCAUGCGCCCGGCCCAGAACUGCCACGAGCUGCGCAAGCUUUUGGCCCAAAUUGCAUUUGGUGUGUACCUGUUGCUCAAGGGCAUGGCCAACAGCGAUGCCCAGGUCGUCGCAAUCUUGCAGGGCCACAUCGACGAGGUGGACGACUUUCUGAAGACCGCCAUGGAGGACCUGAAAUUGGCGACGCAGGAUCUCAACACCCGCCUCGACUACCUCAAGCUGCCACUAGGAAAUCUGCCUGCGUUUGAGGAAAUGCUAGAGGACCGCGAGUUUCGUCUUCGUAUUGUCGAGGGCAACGUCCGCAUUGAGCACAUCUUGUCGCGGACGACGACCGCCCUGGUGCAGACGAUCCAGGAUGUCUCGGAAGGCCUACGGUCCACAAAAGAGUUUACCGCCUACUUGACCAAGGAAGAAAAUGGUUCAUGGCGUCACGAGCGGCCAGCCGAGGUGGUCGAGAUUUUUGAGGCCAUGCGCGGAAACGCCGAGGGCUGGCUGAAUGCGUUUGCCGACCUGGAGGAGAAAACCAAUACGUUGGAUCUUUUGAUUUCCAAGCUGGCCGAUAUGGUGACUGAGAUGGAUCGGUGCGCCGGUGAAGUCAGCCGCCGAACACGAUUCAGCGUCAAGCCGUACACGCUACCAGAGCUCACCAGUCGUGUAUCACAAGAGUCGCAAGAGUCUCAAGAGUCACAGGAUACAUCAUUUAGGGUGUCCUACGAAGCGACGCCACCUUUGUCUCCUGGUAUUAAUGUGACCCCAAUGCCGCCUCGCCUCUCUCUUCGGUUCAGUGCGCUCGGUGAUAUAAUGGCACCCAACUUUCUGGAACUAGGCACAGUCAGCAGCAGCAACAACAACAACAACAACAACAACAGCAACAGCAACAACGCCACUGCUGCUGCCACGCUGGUCCCUUCGUUUCAGUAUACACCGCCAGCAGAUGUGUCAAGCGAACAACUACUAGGCUCCGGAAAAUCCACGGUUCAAAAUCCCAUUGAGGUUCCCGUCGAGACACAACAAGCAACAAGCAGGUCAGAUGAGCCUGCGGCAGAAUCGAACAGCCAAGAUGCUGAUGCUGUGACGAUCAAAUCAAAUUCGACUGUCGUCAAGGAUGCUCCAGCCACAUCGUCUUCCGAACACGAUCUUAUGCCAAUCCCGCUGCGCGUCACAGUCGACCAAGACAGGGACGAAACUGCAGCAUUAGAAGGAGCUGUUGGUAGCCCAACCGGAUCUCUCUCGCCGCAGAAGGAGACAAUAGACGACGAACCCCUCUAUAUCUUGCAACCUAAGAUCUAUACGCCGACAGCGUCUCCGCUGCCCUCACCCAGUGUUCCCGAGAGUGGUCGAAACAUCUCCAGCCCGGAUCUCACACUGUCACAACCACGCUCUCGUGCUGAGGUGCCGUCGCCGCGGCUGUUCAUCCCCCCUGUUGAAGAGCGCCUGAGCUACAGAAGUACCACAGCGCCAUUGUCCAGCGGAUCGCACGGCGAUAAUCACUCCACAUUGUCGAGGCAGUCCUCAAGCGUUAUUUCGCCUGCGGAUUCGGUUUCCUCCGACAGGACCAUUGACGCGGAGUUCAACAAAGGCAUCCCUAAGAAAAAGACGUCCAUCCGUGAACGCGUGUCUCUUCGUACGACUCCACCGGACGCUAUUUUGGUGCCACCGCCCAACGCACCACAGCUGCACCGCCCUGUCUUUGCAUCACCGCGGACCUAUCAAAAUUACAGCACGUUUACGGGCCCAGAUUCGGCCUACAGCUCCGACAUGGAACGCACGGCCAGCGUGCAGGUCACCGACGCGACGCCAACUAAUGUAGGCGGUGCAGGCCACGACUACUCACCGCCCGCCAUCCCGAACGUUAUUCCCUCGCCUCACUCAGAUCAGCAGUAUUUCCGCCCUGUUCAGGCAAGUCCGCACUCGCCUUUGCAACAGCGCCCGCACACGGCCGGCCAGGUCCCGUCGCGGCCCUACCACCUACGCAAUGCUCCAUCUUCGAUGGGUAUGAGCAUGCUUAGUAGCGUGACGACGAUGACGCAGGACUCCAAGGGCCAGCCGGUAUUGAAGAAGAAGCGCAGUGCCUUUGGUUGGCUGAAAAAGGCCUUCACACUUGAUGAAGAUGAACGCGUCACUUUUGACCAGCGCAGACAGACGCAAGAGCGCAACUUGUACUACGACACCAAGAGCCCCAAGUUCCUGGAUGGAAAGCGGAUCAAGUGA